AUGGAAACAGUAGACACACAGCUGGAAACAAUAUUCGACACACGUCGACACAUGUCGAAGGAGCAGAGAAGUAGAGAAAAUGAGAAAAACGAUAAGGGCUAUGGACAUUCGGCACCCUUGACAAUCGGUGGAAAGAUCUUCUGCAUGAUCUACGCUCUUGUCGGGAUCCCUCUCAAUUUAGUCAUGUUCCAGAGUGUCGGAGAACGACUUAACGUCUUCAUGGGUUUUGGCGUCAAGAAAAUCAAGAAAUGCCUGCGAUUCAAGAAAUGCUCUGUUUCCCAUACGGAACUCGUUAUCAUAGGAGGCAUCGCAAACGUCAUCAUCACCGUGUCAGGGGCUGUGGCAUUCGUUCACUUUGAAAAAUGGGGAUUUGUAGAAGCCUUUUAUUACGUCAUAAUAACGCUAACGACUGUUGGGUUUGGCGACUAUGUCGCCUUGCAGAAGGAUAACGACAUUCAGCAGAGACCGCAAUAUGUGUUCUUUAGCAUUAUCUACAUAUUGGUGGCUUUGGUAGUGUUAGCCUCAGUUAUGAAUUUGCUUGUGCUACGGUUAUUGACGCUUAACACCGAGGAUGAGAGGAGAGAGGCACAGGAGCAGGAACUCGCAAUGAGACAGAGUGGUCAUGAAUUGAAUCACAUAGAUUCGCACAUGAACUUCUUUAAUCACAACCACGCGCGAGGACCGUUACUCGCGAAGGGGGAACAUCGGGCGUUCUGCUCGACGUGCAGUUGCAACAGCAAGGCGCCGCAUAGAACUAAUCCUGAUUCAUACGCGGUGGACUUCAGUAUCGAUGCGAAGGGAGUUUACGGUAACAACUUUAAUCCGCAUACAACGCCUGCUGUUUAUAACACAUUGUAUUCUGACGACGCCGAAGUGUUCGAGCAAUUUUUAUGUACAGACAGAACAGGCAAACGGGCAUCGAUAUGAGUCACGUGAUUUCAUGACUUAAGCCAGACGUUUACAAGCGCAUGAAUGUUUUUGCUAGAUAAACAAGUAUGGAAAUUAUAAAACUUCUCUUCUUUUCUUGCAACAGUCGUAUGUAUACAUAUUUAACAUAAGUACUACUAAGUGGAAAGCUUUAUCAUACUACGUGUUUUGUACAUUUCCAUAGACGUAUACCAUGCACAAACUUGCCUUUGUUUCUUUCGUGCGUAUACAUGUACCUUGUUUUAUGCACGUUUAAAAAAACAAGAGUGCUUUCACUGUUCAGAUGUCUCUGAUGCAAGAAGAUUUCCCUUGAUUUCGUAGAAAAACAAACACGUGACAUGCUCACUUAUGUCACCCAGUUCCCUUUGCGAUGUGUGCACUUUGAUUAAAGGUAUUUUCGAAAGAUUUGAAACGUCAAAAGCAUUAUACCGUGACAAACCUCCAAGCUUAUUGUCAUCCCAUCAUAAGGAAUAGCUUUCGAACGGGCUGUUACCAAAAUAUACUGUUUAAGUUGGCACUUUUUAUUCAAAACACUUAAUACCUCUUCCGUAUAAUUACUUUUUGCACAUUGUUCGGGGCGUGAACGCGAGAAUCCUGUCCAACCCAGAGUGUUCAGGAUAUGUCAGUAAUGUUGUAAGCACAUGCCGUCAUCGAUUCUUCCAUUUUGUAGACGACGUGGAUAAGUUUGAUGUUUGCCUUACCAUCAUGUCGUCAUCACGUAGUAAUUGCAAUCAGGUUUGAGUCAUUGGUAUAAUUAAAUUAUGCUAGUUGCCAAGGCCGAGAGAGGAAUUCAUUGUGUUUCGUUGAAAAGCAAGAGGUGAUGGCCCGUGAACCCUGUCUAUGCUUGGCCUAUACGAAAGACCACUGGAGCCUUCAAGUGGAACCAUCCACCAUCAUGACCAUCCUAGAAUCUCGGUAUCUUUGAGACAUCGGUUUCCUUCAAAGAAACGAUUCUCGUGUCAAAGUGUGUCCGUCACUCUCUCCUGAGCGAAAAUGGAAAUCACUGUUUUAGCUCGGAGGAUGACUAAUAUGCCGAAUAUUUACACAUUUAUCAUUUUAAUGGUGUUUAUGUGUUUAUGACUUCACCACUGACUGAUAAUAGAUGUCUUGUAACUUUUCCCAUUGAAUUUAUUUUCAAGUUCUUACCUCAUUUUUGUUUUACAUGCAAAAUACGAGGAUGGUUUAAUGGUGAAUUCAAACUUGAAACUCUCACACAAAUAAUUUUCUGUGCAUCAGCAUAGAAAAAUGACUUAAG